CAUCCGCAACUCUCUCUCUCUCUCUCUCUCUCUCCCCCUUGCUCCUCUUCUAUACUCCUAGACUCCUAUCUUGAAUCUUCAAUUUCAAAUAACGAAAUUGUUUAAAAAAGGAGAAUAUAAGUAUUCUAUAUUCGUUGCUUCGUAAAUAACGGAUUCCUCGAUCUCAGCUUCUCAGUAACGAUUCAUCUUUGAUUCGUUCUUUUUUUGGUAAACAAAGGUUGAUUGAAGAAAGGUCAUACUGUCAUGAGUUCUUCAGGCAGAUUGGAGCUGCAUAGGAGAAAGAAUCAGUAGAGAUAAAGCUCAUUGAGAAGAGUUCUUUUGAUUCUUGUUUUUCAGACUAUGUUGAUUCUUUCGGCUUCUUCUUCUGCUGUUUGUGGAACAUUUCCGAUAGCUAGGGUUUGUAGGCCUUCGUCUUCUUCCGAAGGUUCUGCAAUUUCAUGUUCGUUUCCUAACGGGUCGAGUGCUCGUAUGUGUGUGGUGUCUUCCAAUAUUAGAAGGAUGGAGGGAUUGGUGAAAGAUAAAGAAUCCAAGGGUGGGAGUGACACGAGUGUGUCUGGAAGUGCGGAGGUUCUUGCCUCGGAUUCAGGGGCUGAGAAGGAAGUCAACCACUCUCGGACAUUUAUUGAUAUUCGUAAAGAAGAAGAUCUACUCUUAGGAAUUCGAAGGGAAAACGAAGCUGGAAAGCUGCCUUCAAAUGUUGCUGCUGGGUUGGAAGAACUAUAUCAGAAUUAUCGAAAUGCGGUGAUUCAAAGUGGAAAUCCUAGAGCAGAUGAUAUCAUAUUGUCAAACAUGGCUGUUGCAUUUGAUCGCAUUUUGUUGGAUGUAGAGGAACCAUUUACAUUCUCACCUUAUCACAAAGCAAUACGAGAGCCUUUUGAUUACUAUAUGUUUGGCCAAAACUACAUCCGUCCAUUGAUUGAUUUCAGAAGAUCUUAUAUCGGCAACAUCUCUGUCUUCUAUGACAUGGAAGAAAAGCUUAAGCAGGGCCACAAUGUUAUCUUGAUAUCCAAUCACCAGACAGAAGCAGAUCCAGCUGUCAUUGCAUUGCUGCUUGAAACGACAAGCCCGCAUAUUGCUGAGAAGAUAACCUAUGUAGCUGGAGAUAGAGUCGUGACAGAUCCUCUUUGCAAGCCCUUCAGCAUGGGAAGGAACCUUAUUUGCGUCUAUUCCAAAAAGCACAUGUAUGAUGUUCCUGAGCUUGCUGAGAUGAAAAGGAAAGCCAACAUCCAAAGUCUGAAGGAGAUGGCUAUGCUUCUAAGGGGUGGAUCACAGAUAAUCUGGAUUGCACCAAGUGGUGGAAGAGACCGACCAGAUCCUCUUACAGGAGAUUGGUGCCCGCAGGCACCAUUUGAUGUUUCUUCUAUAGACAACAUGAGAAGGCUCGCAGAUCAUUCAGGUGUUCCUGGGCAUAUCUAUCCCUUAUCACUGAUGUGCUAUGAUAUCAUGCCCCCGCCAACCCAGGUCGAAAAAGAAAUUGGAGAGCGAAGAGUGAUCUCAUUUCAUGGGGUUGGGUUAUCGGUGGCUCCAGAAAUCAACUUCAAUGGAAUUGCUGCUGUCCAUGAAAACCCAGAUCAG